AUGGCCCUUGUGCUCAUGCUCGAUGUCAGUCUCCUCAGGCAGGUGCCAGGACAGUGGCAGGUAAAUGGACCAGAGAAGCCCAUCAGGGUCUCUCUGGGAGAGGAUGUAGUGUUCUCCUGCUUCCUGUCUCCUGAGACAAAUGCUGAGGCCAUGGAAGUGCAGUUCUUCAAAGAUCACUUCUCUGACAUAGUUCACCUCUAUCAGGAUGGGGAAGACAAGGAAUAUAUGUAGAUGCCAGCCUAUCAAGUGAGAACAGAGCUGGUGAAGGACUUCAUUGUGGAUGGGCAUGUGUUCCUGAGGCUGCAGAAAGUCACUCCCUCAGAUGCUGGCCUGUAUGGGUGCUGGUUCAGCUCCCAGACUCAUGAGCAGGAGGCCAUCUGGGAACUGCAGGUAACAGAGAUGGGCUCAACUCCUCUCAUUUCCAUUGUGGGAUAUGUUGGAGGAGGCAUCCAGCUACUCUGUCAGUCCUCUGGUUGGUUAUCCCAGCCCAUAGUGAAGUGGAAAGGACCAGAAGGACUUGAAUUACCUGCAGACUCCAAAGUGAAGAAAGAUGUACAUGGUCUGUUUGAUGUGGAGACUUCCCUGACAGUUCAAGAAGAUUUUGGGAUCAUACCAUGUUCCAUGCAACUCACUGACCAGAGUCCAGAAGUGAAAUCUAGAAUAUUGAUAGGAAUAUCUAUCAAGACACAUUCUAUGGCUGUGAUGAAAGAGCCUGUCACAAUUAUGGAAAAAGAGACAGAGACAUGGACCACUGGCACAGAACACAUGUGCGAGCCUAAACAGAAACUUGAUGUGGACAGAUUGACACAGUGU